UGUUGGUGGGCCAUGCUGACUUCGUUGGAAACUUUCCCACCAGAAGGGCUUUGGGAACGAGGAUCAGGAUUGGGGUUGGGGUAUUUUAGAUCCUCUUCUGAGUAAUCUUCCGAAACCAAGAGAUUUUUGGGAAAUGGCUGUGGAACCAGAGAGCCUUGAGUGGUCUCUACCUGUUCCCAGUGUUCAAGAGCUAGCAAUCCAAGGGCUACAAACUGUGCCAGCUAGUUACGUAAGAGAUGACACGGACAUCAUCAUCACCACUCCCUCCGAUCCUUCUCUUCGUAUACCCUUGAUUGAUAUGACCAAGCUGGUCAACCCAGACUCCCAACAACAAGAGAUUCAAAGGCUUCACUCUGCAUGCAAAGAAUGGGGUCUGUUUCAGAUAAUAAACCAUGGAGUUUCUGAUGAAUCGCUAAGCAACAUGAAAGAACAUGUUCGAGGUUUUUUUGACCUUCCUUUGCAAGAGAAGAAACACUGGGCACAAAAACCAGGAAGUCUUGAAGGUUAUGGCCAGGCAUUUGUAACUUCAGAGGAACAAAAGCUAGAGUGGAAUGACAUGAUCUUCCUCAGAACUCGUCCCCUUCAAAACAGAAAUUUGAAUUUCUGGCCAGAAAAACCUCAGGGAUUCAGAAAAGCAUUGGAGACUUAUUCUGAAGAUUUGAGUAGGCUUGCGGUUUCUAUUAUAAGGUUCAUAGCAAUGGGACUUGGUGUAGAAGCUCAACAGUACUCUGAAACUUACAGAGAAGGAUUGUACGAUAUAAGGAUGAAUUGCUAUCCUCCUUGUCCCGAACCUGAGCGAGUUCUUGGGUUUAAUCCACACGCUGACAUCUCUGGAAUAACUCUCUUACUUGAAUGUGGCGACACGGCAGGACUGCAGGUUCUGAAAGAUGGGCAUUGGGUUGUUGUUGAACCCAUCGAUGGUGCUUUAGUUGCAAACCUUGGCCAUGUCACGCAGAUAAUGAGCAAUGGGAUUUACAAAGCUCCAGAUCACAGAGCAAUGGUGAACAAGUCGAAGCAAAGGCUGUCAAUAGUUACCUUCUGCUAUCCCAACUCGUCCGCCAAUAUUGGGCCAGCUGAGAAGCUCAUCAAGUCAGGAAGCCCACCUCUGUUCACAACCCUUAAAUGCGAAGAGUAUUUUCACCGCUUUUACAAUCGGAAGCUUGAAGUUUCAUUCAUUGACAGCUUGAAGAUCUAGUGUCUGAUGGAUACUGGAAAGUCAUUGAAGACAUUUGAUCCCGGGAUGUCAAUUCAAAGUCAUGGGAUUGAAGACAUUUGAACAUCUCAUUCGUUGUUAGCUGCCCGUCUAACAUCUUUUUAAGCUGCCUCCCUUGUUCUUCAAUC